AUGGGAUUCAAUGUUACUUCACUGCUCGUGGAUUCAUUUGUAGAUCAGCUUCGGAAGGGAUACGAAAAAACGUAUGGACAUUCAAAUGAACACUAUAAGGAAAUUAUCUGUUGGGCAGCUGGAAUGGCUUUGGACAUCAUUGCCAAUUCAGAUGCGUUGUAUCAUAAUGUGAAACAUACCAUUCAUGUCACAUUGGUUGGACAAGAGAUUUUAAGAGGAAAACAUAUUCGUGAAGGAGGUGUUACUAGCGAGGAUUGGCUCCAUUGUAUUAUUUCCUUGUUGUGUCAUGAUAUUGGAUAUGUUAAGGGUGUUUGUAGACGUGAUGACAGAGAGACUGGAGUCUAUGCUACUGGUCGUGGUGACGAGGUUGUGCAUAUCGAUGAAAAUGCAACCGAUGCAAGUUUAACACCUUAUCAUGUCGAUCGUGGAAAAUUAUUUAUUGCAGAACGCUUUAGCAAUCAUAGCAUUAUCAAUGUUGAGAAAAUUCAGAAGAACAUUGAAUUGACUCGUUUUCCUGUCCCACAUGGAGAGGAUCACAAGGAUACUAAGGGCUAUCCAGGAAUUGUAAGAGCUGCUGAUUUAACAGGACAAAUGUGUGAUCCUCGUUACUUGCAAAAGAUCGCAGCGCUUUAUUACGAAUUUGUUGAAACAGGGACAGCACAGAAACUUGGAUAUUCAAGCCCAGGUGCUCUUAAAAAGAACUAUCCCAAGUUUUAUUGGAAGUCUGUAUAUCCAUAUAUUAAGCAUAGUCUUGCGUAUUUGAACACUACACAAGAAGGCAAGAGUUAUGUUUCAGGUCUCUAUUCCAAUGUAUUCUCUUUAGAGCACAUUGUUGAGCCAACGCCUGAAGAAGAUGAUUCCGCUGCACUUGAGGAAUGA